AUGGAUAAACAAAUGCAAAAAUGCCAGCAGUGGGCUCGGAAGUUCAGUAGCGAAGUCAACUCUAGCUCAGUGAUGGAGCGAAUUACCAGCAGUCCGAAACUCGUCUUCUAUGCCUCUUUGUUUAUAUGCGCAACUGCUUGGCUUCUCGUCAGAACCACCAAAUAUCUGAAGAAACCGGCUCAAAGCAGGGCCGCGACGCCAGACCUUGAGAAACCGGCAGCACGCACUUCUUUCAAGGCGCCUACAAGGAAACCUGGAGUAUGGGAUCCCGUUGAAUUCAGACGGCCAUAUGCACGCGCAGCUCCAGACUGGGACGUUCACACCACGAAACCAAAUCCAUACCGCCCUUUUAGACAUGGACAAUAUCAUAUCACGAUGGGACUCCGCAACAUGGCAUGGGAUGAGUGGAUAGAGCUUGACAACCAGUACAUGAAAUUCCACGCCGACAAAUCCCGACGUAUCAUUGAGCGUGGUUCGAAAAGUUGCUACACCGACCCCUCAGCUUUCGACGGCGCAGUGGAACUCGUCGAAGAAUUCUGCGCCUACCUCCCAGAACGCUACCCCUCCCUCUACCAACGCACUCCCGUCGGCAUGGUCAACUUGCUCACCGGUGAAUCAUUCAAUAUCAAGGAACGGCCGCUGGCAGAAGACCCAAUGCAAAUGGCCGCGCGCAUGGUUCAGGAUGAUCUAGCCAUCAUGUUUGAAAAGGAGGAUGGGCAGUACUACUUACUGGCUGGAGCAAUUCUACUCGCCGGUUUCUGGAAACUUGAAGAUAAAUUCGGGAUGCCAUUGAGCGAGAUCCACACCUCAGCCGACGUGCCCGGCUACAGAACCAAACUGGAAAAAGGAAUGAUGAAUUUCUUCCGCCGCGUCCAGCCAAACGGGCCAGUGCAACGUAACAACUAUUUCAUCCAAGUCGACGAUUCGCUUCCAUGGUCGUCGUCUAUCGGUGACGAAGACGGCGAGAAAGGUACCGUGGGCUGGUUCUCAGCGGAGAAAAACAAGGCAAUUGAAAACCAUUACUUCCGCUCUGAACGUCAGACUUUACGCCGCUUGCCGCGGAGUGGCGGUGUGGUGUUUACGAUCCGCACGUACUUUCACCCUAUUACUGAGAUUGCCGAGGAGCCUUACGUGCCUGGGAGGCUGGCGAGUGCGAUUAGGAGUUGGGGCGACGAUGUUAGCAAGUACAAGGGUAAGGAGAUGUAUGAGGAUGUCCUGUUGGAGUACUUGGACAGGAAGCAUGAGGAGCAGGUGGCGGCGGGGCUGGAGGUCGAGAAGGAGGAUGAGGUUAGGUCGUAUCCGUUUUAG